AUGGCUUUCGAUCCAAGAAUAUAUGCUAAUUUUUAUAUAAAUAAAGCUUAUCCAGGAACAGAGGAUAUUGUUGUAGCAAAGACACAAAAUUAUAACGGUUUAUCCGAAGCUUCAUAUUGUCCGCCUGGUUCAAUAAGCAUAAACGAAUAUAGCUCGUUAAUAUUUUUAGUUGCAACGAUGAUGAUAAUACUUUUGGUAUUUCGUGUUCAAAAGAAAAUAGAAUCUUUGAAAGCGGCGAAAUAUCAAAAAUUAUCAGUCGAUCAAAGGUUGACACAAGGAAUGGAAUUGAAUUCUUUAUCAAAGACAUUCGAUAUUGAAUUUACAAAUCUAGGUCUAAAUGGCAUUGAAAUUAUCGGUGGUAUUACCGGAAGUUUACAACACGGAAGAACUUGUGCAAUUAUGGGACCAUCAGGUGUUGGUAAGACAACAUUAAUAGCACUUUUAGCCGGCAAAGCUAAAAGAUCAAAUGGCAUUAUAAAGGGUAAAAAAAUAAUUACUUCAAGUCAAUUAAUUUUAGAUAGAAACAAUUAA